AUGGCUGCCCAGAAGGCAGGCAGUUUUUGUGAGGAAAUCGGGAAAUUGUUUGAUCUUUUGGAAGUACACCGUUCUCGUCCUUCGCUCCUGGGACCAGACUCGGCACGGGACCAUUGGUUCCAGUUGCAAAGUGUAGUGGACCAAAUAGCGGCGGAGGCUGUGGUUGCCUCGCUGCAAGUGGCGGUAACGCCACUGCAAGAACAAUUACGGGAAAUCAAGCGGGCGCAGGAGGAGGAGAGACAGCAAGGUCUGAUAGUGAAAGAGGAGCUAAGAAACCAGCUCCUGAGGGAGGCAGACACCCUCGCUGAAACUGAAGGGCUGCUCGAGGAAAAAGGGGUACGCCAAAUUUACCCCCAAAGGGACCUAAAAAGAUUAAAGGGGGCCGGAGACGGCCCCCCCCAUAUGUGCCCACUAGUCAAAACGGAAUAUAUAUACGAGGACGACAGCCACAACUGCCCCCAGGUUGUUACCAAAGAAAUCCCUUUCACAGCUACCGAAUUGGCCAAGCUGCGAAAAGAUUUUGCUAGAAUGGCUAGGGAAUCCGAAACUGAAUACGUGUGGAGGGCAUCCCCGUCGGGGGGGGGGAACGGAAUCCUGUUAGUGGAAAAGGAGGCAGAGGGAUAUUGGGGCCCAGGCGUGUUCCUGAUGACGGGCGAUCGCCAAGCCCCGUGGUCCCUGGCUCAGAGGGCCGCAUACUGGGCCUCGGGAGGGCUGAACCCUUUGGAAAGGCGGGAUCCCCUAGCUAUAACAGGUUCCGUCAAUCAGUUGCUGGAAAGUAUACAGAAGGCAGCUUGUCUGCAAAUGAUGUAUGAUCGGGAACUCAAGCCGAACCUGAGCUCUCCAGUGUUAUUGCCGGUAGAUCCCGAGCGGAUGACGCCCCUAAUACGGGGACUUCCUGAUUCCCUGAAACCUAUUGGGAUUCAUUUGCAAGGGAAAAUCCAAAAUGUGCCCCACAAGGAAAGGAUUGCGGCUGCCCUGGAAGGGAUGGUAACCCCCGAGCAUCGGUGGCUGGGGGAAAAGGUGUGGACCUGGGGGGAGAUAGGCCAGGAAUUGAUCAAUUAUGGGAGGAAAUAUGGGCCAGUCGGCCGGACUUACCAGAAGGUGGAAACUAGGGCCAUGCGGGUGGCAGAGCCAGCAAACAAGCUGCUGGCAUUUUCUGGGAGGAGCCUAGACUUGGCCAAAAAGGAAAGAUCCCUGACCCGGCAGGAACUAUGGAAAUUGGGGCUGCAAAAAAGCAUGCCCCGAGAUUUGAUGGACGGGCUCCCGACCAAAAAACUAGGGCUCCUGAUACAGAGGUGGUCCAGUCAGGGAUCUCUGCCCAGACCGAAUCCACCUUCUGCGCCGGCGUUAAACGUAGGGGAGGAGUUCGAGGGUGAUGAAAAGGGCAGCGGGAAACUAGAUCCUCUGCCCCCUCAGGGUGAGGGGCGAGGCAGAGGGUGGAUGUUUAUAAGACAACUCACCUGCAAUAACAAAGGAGAUUUGUUAAUCACCAUAGCGGUGGGGCCGAAGAAAAGGCCCGUAACCUUUUUAAUCGAUACAGGGGCCCAAAUUACCAUGCUAAAAUGGAGUGAGGCGGAACGGUGUGGCAUCUCGGUCCCGUCCAAACACCUAAUAGUUUUAAAUGCUCUGGGGAAGACCCAAACUGUGCCCGUGACCCUGGUAACAUUGUGGUUACCAGGGGAAGAGAGUCCUGUGGACACCAUGGUGGCUGUGGGGCCUUUUCAAAUGAACCUCUUAGGCAUAGACGUCCUGAAGGGGAAACAGUGGCGGGAUACCCAGGGAAAUUCAUGGUCUUUUGGUGUUCCUCAGGUCAGAAGACUAACUGGAGAUUUUGGUGUGGCAGUGCGCUUGCUGCAAGUGGCGCCUCCCCUCCCGCCUUCCCAGCUGACUAAUGUAAAACCCUAA